AUGGUGACAACUGCCACCACUUCACAAACCACCACCACCACUUCACAGGUUGAACCGAUAACUCCGCCGCCUGAUCCACCACUUGACUCAGUCAAUCACCCUUUUUUUCUUCAUCAAAAUGAUCAUCCUGACCUUCUUCGGAUAGCAAAAAAGCUCACUGGAUCUGACAACUACAAUUCAUGGAAAAGAUCGAUGACUAUUGCUCUCAAUGCAAAGAACAAACUGAAAAUUGUCACUGGUGAGUAUCCUGAACCUUCACCGACUUCUGAUUUAAGGCCUUUAUGGGAAAGAACAAAUGACAUGGUCAUAUCUUGGGUUUUGAACGAUGUUUCUGAUGAAAUUAGUAAUAACUUGAAUUUUGUGAGUUCUGCUUUUGCUUUAUGGAAAGAACUUAGUGAACAUUACUCACAAUUAGAUGGCCAUAGGAUCUUUCAAGAUGAAUUAGAGGCACUAGAGGCACUUUACACUUGUAACUACACUUGCACUUGUGAGAAUGGAAAGAAUCAUGGUGCUAUGGAGCAAAGGAAGAAAUUAGUACAAUUUCUUAUGGGACUAGAUGAGAGUUACACUAAUGAGAGUUACACAACAAUAUCCAUAGCUCUCAACACUACUGCUCCUUGUCAAACCUACACACCAAGAUAUAAUAUUCACUUUCCCACUACUGCUCCAUCUCAAACCUACACACCAAGAUCCAAUCUCCAAAUUGAUAGAAAAAGUGCAUUAAAGAAAGGCAUUAUUUGCACUUAUUGUCAUAGAGAAAGACACACCAAAGAUGAGUGUUACAAGCUUGUUGGAUACCCCUCUGGCCAUCCCCAGCAUCACAAAUAUCAACCACCACCACCAAGGAAUCCUCCUGCAUACAAGGGCAAAUCUGUCAAUCUGGUCACCAAUGUUGCAGAUUUACCUUCGACAUCACAAGACAUUCCAUACAUUCCUUCUGCCACUUCACCACAUGAUUUGUUCAUGAAUGCUAAGAUUGACCAGCUGCAAAACCAACUUAAUCAGGUGAUGCUCUUCAUGCAGCAGGCUCAACAACCUGGUGAUCAAAACAUCCCUACUGUUGGUGUCUUUUCUUUCACUACUAAUUCUAUGCCUAAGUUUAGAUUUAUUGCUUGCUGUCUGUCUAAGUCUAAGGGUGCCUGGAUAUCUGAUAGUGGUGCCACAUAUCACAUAAGCAAUUCUCAUAAACAUUUGCAUUAUAUUUACCAUUGCAAAGUACCCAUUAGUCUCUCCCUACCAAAUGGUCAAACUGUAUUGGUCACAAUCAUUGGCCCAGUGAAAUUAAAUGACAAUCUGACUCUCAAAAAUGUUUUCUAUGUACCAAGUUUUACUUACAAUCUUCUAUCCAUCAGUAGGCUUCUCACUCCUCACAGCUCUGUAACUUUUACUCAUGACUCUGUUAUCUUCCAGGACCAUGACAAAAAGAUUGCUCAAGGCAUCUUUUGUAAUGGUCUCUACCUCAUCACUCCAGAAGCUACACCCUCUCAAGAUCACUCUCAAGCCACCAUUCUCAGUACUGCUGCCACUGCUCAUAUCUAG